ACAACUUCAUCAUGUGGAAUAUUGUUUAUGAUUCAAAUGGUUUUUUUCAUGAAUAAUUCUCUGAAAAUAGAAAACUGAAAAAAGAUAAAAAAAUCGUUCUCAUAUCUUCUCCUUUGUCGUCCUUUCUGUGCCAAAACAACACUCUUCUCCACUUCUAUUAAUAAGCCUUUCUUUUCUUUUCUUUUUGGACUUUCUUUUCCCUGUUAUGACCAAAUCAUAUGGAAGCAAAGAGGGCAAUGGACAGCCACUGUGCAGCAGUGAAGAGUUUGAGGGUAUUUGUGAUAAUGCUGGUUUUAGUUUGGAGCAAAGGGGCGGGGGGUUUUGUGGGUUGGAAUGGGACAGCCCCUUAUGAUGAUAAUGAGGAGAGUUUUCUCGAAUCAGAAAUUGAUCAUGUGGAGAUGUUUCGUGGUGGCUCCGGUGGUACAAGACCGUUGCUGGUUGGUCUUACUCUCAUUUAUGAAGCUGCCGCUGCCGGGGCAGUCUGUCUGGAUGGGUCAUUACCGGGAUACCACAUACACAGAGGAUAUGGUUCAGGUGCAAAUAGUUGGCUCAUUCACUUGGAGGGAGGAGGAUGGUGCAAUACACUCAGGAACUGCGUAUACCAUAAAAAAACUCGUCAUGGUUCAUCAACAUACAUGGAGAAAGAGAUACAAUUUACAGGGAUAUUGAGUGACAAACCUCAGGAAAAUCCUGAUUUUUUCAAUUGGAACAGAGUCAAGCUUCGUUACUGUGACGGUGCAUCUUUUAGCGGGGACAGUCAAGAUGAAAAAGCUCAACUAUACUUUCGAGGGGAACGUAUUUGGUCUGCAGCAAUGGAACAUCUGAUGUCGAAUGGCAUGCGCUACGCUAACCAGGCUCUUCUUUCUGGAUGUUCUGCUGGGGGUCUUGCAUCUAUAUUGCACUGUGAUAAAUUCAAGGAAUUAUUUCCUAGUAAUACAAGAGUCAAGUGCUUGAGUGAUGCUGGAUUAUUUCUUGAUGUAAUGGACAUAUCUGGAGGGCGCACAUUGAGAAGGAUGUUUGGAGGUUUGGUUAGGUUGCAGGGAGUGCAGAAGAACCUGCCACAGAGUUGUACCAACCACCUCAAUCCAAUUCUGUGUUUCUUCCCCCAGCGCUUGAUAAAUAGCGUUAGGACUCCUCUUUUUCUUCUCAAUGCCGCCUAUGAUUCAUGGCAGAUCCUGGCCAGUUUAGCUCCACCAUCAGCUGAUUUUCAUGGCAGGUGGCAGGGAUGCAGAAAAAACUUUGCACUUUGUGAUGCAUCACAGAUUCGUUUUCUGCAGGGUUUCCGGAAUCAAAUGGUGACUAUUGUCAGAGGCUUCUUAAGGUUCAACAAAAAUGGGAUGUUUCUGAACUCAUGUUUUGCUCAUUGCCAGACAGAGAGACAGGAUACUUGGUUCGGCUAUGGAUCUCCCCAUAUCAGAAACAGGGGGAUCGCAAAGUCUGUAGGGGAUUGGUAUUUCGACAGAGUUGUUGUUAAGGUUAUUGACUGUCCAUACCCUUGUGACAACACCUGCCACAAUCUUGUGUUUAAGUGAGAAAAAUCACCAUUCUUUGUUGUUUUAGACAAUCUUCACAUAUUAUAUCAGCAUCCAAAUAAAAAUAAAUAACUAAAACAAGAAAUUCUAUUGUAUCAUGGAGAUAUGUCUUAGAAUUGGCAUUAAUCAGUUCUGCAUGUACAAGCCCAACUGCACAAGGUAAAAUACAACAAACACCCUUAUUUGUAGAAGUAGAAACGUAGAAUCAUUAGUUAUCAACACUGUUGUCCACUUUAGGCCUGGUGUUCAUAAGAA